CCUGCCUGAGUCUGUUCUGCCCCCUCCCCACCACUUGGCCACCACCAUGACACCGGACAUCCAGGCCCCUUUCUUCUUCCUGCUGCUGCUAUUCCUUACAGUCUCUGCUACAACCAAAAGCACAAGUCCACAGUCUUUGAGUGACCAAAGCUCUGCCUCAACCUCUGCUGCCCCCACCAGCCCUGCCUCAGGCUCAACUGCCCCUCCGACCCACGGUGGUACCUCACCCCGGGCCACCAGUGGCGACUCACCUCCGACCACCAGCCCUGCCUCAGGCUCGGCUGCCCCCACCAGCCCUGCCUCAGGCUCGACUGCCCCCACCAGCCCUGCCUCAGGCUCGACUGCCCCCACCAGCCCUGCCUCAACCUCUGCUGCCCCUCCGAUCCCCAGUGGUACCUCACCCCGGGCCACCAGUGGCGACUCACCUCCGACCACCAGCCCUGCCUCAGGCUCGGCUGCCCCCACCAGCCCUGCCUCAGGCUCGGCUGCCCCCACCAGCCCUGCCUCAGGCUCGACUGCCCCCACCAGCCCUGCCUCAACCUCUGCUGCCCCUCCGAUCCCCAGUGGUACCUCACCCCGGGCCACCAGUGGCGACUCACCUCCGACCACCAGCCCUGCCUCAGGCUCGGCUGCCCCCACCAGCCCUGCCUCAACUUCUGCUGCCCCCACCAGCCCUGCCUCAACCUCUGCUGCCCCUCCGAUCCCCAGUGGUACCUCACCCCGGGCCACCAGUGGCGACUCACCUCCGACCACCAGCCCUGCCUCAGGCUCGGCUGCCCCCACCAGCCCUGCCUCAGGCUCGACUGCCCCCACCAGCCCUGCCUCAACCUCUGCUGCCCCUCCGAUCCCCAGUGGUACCUCACCCCGGGCCACCAGUGGCGACUCACCUCCGACCACCAGCCCUGCCUCAGGCUCGGCUGCCCCCACCAGCUCUGCCUCAACCUCUGCUGCCCCCACCAGCCCUGCCUCAGGCUCAACUGACCCUCCGAUCCCCAGUGGUACCUCACCCCGGGCCACCAGUGGUGCCUCACCUCUGACCACCAGCCCUGCCUCAGGCUCUGCUGCCCCCACCAGCCCUGCCUCAGGCUCGGCUGCCCCCACCAGCCCUGCCUCAGGCUCGACUGCCCCUCCGACCCACACUGGUACCUCACCCCGGGCCACCAGUGGCAACUCACCUCCGACCACCAGCCCUGCCUCAAGUUCAGUUGUCAUUACAGCACAUGAGGGCACCUCUUCCAAGAUUACCAUGACCCAAGCCAGCAAGGGCACUCCAUCCUCAGUUCCCAGCUCUUAUACUCCCACCAUUUCUGCCAGCCACAUUACCAGGACAACCGCCAGCAGCACUAACCAGAGCAUAGUACCUCCCUAUGCUCCCACCUCCUCCAGUAAUAAGACUUCUCAGCAGUUGCCUAUUAGGGUCUCCCUGUUCUUCCUGUCUUUUCGCAUUACGAACCUCCAGUUUAACUCUUCCCUGGAAAAUCCCAGCACCAGCUACUACCAGAAGCUGCAGAGAAUCAUUUCUGUAUUGUUUGUGCAGACUUAUAAACAAGAGGAUUUUCUGGGCCUCUCAGAUAUCGAGUUCAGGCCAGGAUCUGUGGUGGUAAAAUUAACCUUGGUCUUCCGAGAGGGGACCACUGCCCACGACGUGGAGAGACAGUUUGGUCAGCUUGCAGCAGCAGCAGUCAAAUGUAACCUGACCAUCAGUGGAGUUAGUGUGUGUGAUGCAUCAUUUCCUUCCUCUGCCCAGUCUGGGUCUGGGGUGCCUGGCUGGGGCAUUGCCCUUCUGGUACUGGUCUGUGUUCUGGUUGCCCUGGCCAUCAUUUAUCUCAUUGCCCUGGUUGUGUGUCAGUGCAGACAAAAGAACGACGGGCAGCUGGACCUCUUUCCAAUCCAAGAUGCCUACCAUCCUAUGAGCGAGUACCCCACCUACCACACCCAUGGGCGCUAUGUGCCCCCUGGCAGUACCAAACGGAGCCCCUUUGAGGAGGUUUCUGCAGGCAACGGUGGCAGCACUCUCUCUUACGCGAACCUGGCAGCCACUUCCGCCAACUUGUAGGGGCACGUUGCCUGCUGAGCAUCCAGCCAGCGCCAACUGCCUCCCUGGGUUUCUUCACUGCUGCAGCCCCCGCCUUGCCCCCAACUCUGUUCUGGGCUGGUGAGCUGGGCGUUCAGUCUCCCUCACCUAUCUUAGCCCUGGCGAAGCCCAUCCGAGCCCCUGGGGACAAGCCUGAGGCAGUGGCUCCCAGGAGGACUGGCCCGGACAGCUCAGAGAUGGGAGUGGGAACCUGAACAUGGCUGAAUAAAACUCGGGCCUCCUCUGCGCUGA